AUGAUCAUGGACGUGGACGUGGGCGAUGAUCAACCCAUUGCUCUACGGAAGAAACGAAGAAGCCGCAAUAUGGCAGAAAUACAAUCACGAUCAAAUUCGCAAGCAUCUACAUCGUGUACUAUUGAAGUAUUGAUACCUCCUCCCACAACACCCAGAUCAGGAAGACUCAAGAAGAAGGUAAGGUUUUCUGAUCCAGGACCAAACCUUCUUCAAGCAUCUUCAUCUGGUUUGACACCCUUCAUUCGAAAGACUUCUCUGUCAUCUGCGAAAUCAAACCGUCGGCAUUCAGCACCGGUACGACUUCUGGAUCGUCGGCACGACAACGAGCCAUUUUCCGGAGAAUUGCAGUUCGCCCCACUACGACAAGUGUUGGAUGGCAGAGUUACGAGACGUAUGAAGAGAAAUGGACUAAGUGAAGAGGUCAACAAGAUUCAAUGGGAGAAAAAACAUGAGGCGAAAGCAAGAAAAUCAGAGGUUUAUCGACUGAGGAAGGAAUUGGAGGAAAAGGACCGCGAGUCACAGUGUAUACAGGAUGAACAUGACAUUGCAAGCCAAUUAGGAUUCGAAGCUGGCACAUAUAUUCGUGCAAAUCCCAGUAUGGUGGAGAAGUUUCAAGAAAUGGAAAGAGAAAUUCAGGACCUAAAAACAGAAUUAUCUCAGAAGGAAGAACGUUCGAAUGCUCACCAUGACUGGAUAACGGGAACCCAGGAUCCAUUCGAUUUCGACGAUGACGAUGACGACCACAAUAUGCAUAUGAGUGUUGGUGGAGAUCACGGUGGUUUGGACUUACACGAGGAGGAGUCUGGCAUGACGAUUGAGCCUUCAUGUGACGGCCGUAAGAUGUUGACUUAUGACGGCUCCUCCUCAAAUCCCGGUGACCUGAUGAUGACGCCUACACAGCAUAGCAUCUCAUUCCCGUCGCCGCCUGCCACAAUAGAUGAUACAUUUUCCCAAAAGCCUUCCUGCGCGUCAACCUCGACACAAGCCAGCUUUCCUGACCCACUCACAAGCAACCUGGAAGCACAACUCCUUGACUUGCAAUCUGAGAUCAAGAGUCUUACAUCUUCCCUGGCACUUAACAAAGACCAUGAAUAUCGUCUGAGUCAAAAGUUGUCGUCAUAUAUUCCGUUGGAUCAAUCUCACGACAACUCAUCCCUCGACUCAGUGCUUGACUCUGUUCUCACGACUCUCACCAUCGCUCAAGCUCAGGCCCUUGAAAAGGAAGCAUCGUUUACUGCUCUCUCAACCGAAGUCACCUCUCUAGGAUUCUCCACCGACCCUGAAAUGACCAUCAAAAUUAUUGUCGAACAGUUUCGUGCCGCAAGACUUCAACUCGAGUACCUUACACCUGGAGAAGCAAUCGAAGGUUUCGAAAACGACAAACUCCUCAGCAUGCUACUCGGACGUCUUAAGGAUCUGGCCGAGAAAGCAAAGAAACAAGAUGAAACUAUCGACCAAUAUCAUGAGCAAGAACUUAUCCUUCGUCAACAGCUGACCGCUCGUAUCGAUACCUUACAUGAUGUACAGAAAGAGUUAUCCGCCGUUUCCACCGCUGUUUCUCGAAUGAGUAAAGAAGUUGCCGAAAAUGAAAUCUCAAACUCACGUCUUCAAACUGCAUUGAACGGAUACCGAAGCGAAGUCUCGGGUUUGGAAAAUCUCGUUGAGAGAAUGGAAAGAGGACAUAAAGCUGUCGAGGAAGAUUUGAGACGUGGAAUUCGUAGUCUAGAUGAUCAACUCCAACGAGAAAUCCUGAGGGCCGAUACAUUUGCCGUGGAACUCGAAGGGAAAGAAAUGACAGUGGGCGAAUUAUCGACAAGGUUAACAGCUGCUCUGGAGGCAUCUGCUACACUUCAGGAUCUUUUAAAUGAGAAAGAGGGUCAAAUACUUCUUUCGGAACGUCAAUUUGGCGAGGAUUUGAUGGAUCGCGAUGAUCGGAUAGCAGAGCUGCAGGAGGAUCUUGAGAGAACGACAUUCAUUUUGAAGAAUACCCAAAAAGCUGUUGAGAAUUUGAGACGAGAAAACUCAGAUUUGAAGACCGAAAAUGAAGAUCUUGAGAACUGUGCAGAAAGGUUGAAGGGAGAUGUAAAGAAGGAAAAAAAAAGAGGAAAGAAAGUGGUUGAGGGAAUGAGGAAACAACUUGCCGGUGUGUUGGAUGCCGCAAGGGGAUAUGUUGAGAGUGAUGGUAAUGAGUCGAGUGAGACGGAAAGUGGAGAAACCGAUAUCAAGUUAAAGGUUCAGGGUCCAAUUGUGAGAAAUGGACAACAUUUUGAGGCAGGAUUGCCGAGAAGGAGAUCAAGUGGUGGUGCAGGAGUUAAUGAAAAGAAGAAGAAGAGGAGAUAUGAUAGUGGAUUGGGAUUUUUGGAGGAAGAUAAUGAAAGUGAGGAUAUGGAUAUGUAUGGUAAUGGGGAGGGAGUGGAUAUACUUGUUUGA